AUAUAAUUCCCGCCCAAAACCCUUUUCAUGCCCACCCUAAAAAACCUCCCAAACUCGCCAUAGGUUUUGAAUCUUUGAUCCUUCAAGCUACCAGGUACAGCUUCAAUGGCGGAAACCGAAACUCCUGAUGGUAAAAAUGUCAUCAAAAUCGAGGAAGAAAUUGAAGGAGACCUAAUUUGCACCAAAAACUACCGGUUCAGCAGAAUCGGAGAGCCCGUUCCCAUCAAAUCCGAUGCCGAUUUCAAAUUCGACGAGGAAAGCGUUCCGCGUCGUCCGUUGGCAGUUUCGGAAAAGUUUGGAGUCAUUUUUGUUGCGCAUCCAUCCGGGUUUUGUGUUGCAAGGACCAAAGAUGUUAUGGACACAGCGAAAGAGUUGAAAAAUGGAGGUAAUGGUUCUUGUAUACAGGAGCUGGGUGUUGCGGAUGUUCCUCUUGGAAAGGUUUCCAUACUUGCAUUGUCUCCAAACUCUUCCAUGCUUGCCGCCUCUGUUGAACACAACCUUUAUUUUUUCUCAGUUGCCGGUCUUCUUAAUAAGGAUCAUGAACCAUCUUUCUCCAAAUCACCCAAUGGCUCAAGUUGCAUCAAGGACAUGCAGUGGAGUACACAUUUGGAGGACCAGUAUGUUGUUCUUACAACCGAUGGAAAUCUCUAUCGUGGAGCUGGCCAAGACGUUCUUAGUAAUUUAAUGGACAAUGUCGAUGCGGUUAACUGGAGCAUGAAUGGAAAAUUUCUUGCCGUGGCAAAAUAUGAAUAUGUAAUCAUUUUAUCUUCAAAAUUUGAAGAGAAGUCACGGAUAAAACUCUCAUUUGAUUCACUGCUAGGUGAUUCCGAUGCCAAUUGCGUUGUAAAAGUGGAUUGUGUCAGGUGGGUUCGCCCAAAUUGUCUUAUCUUAGGAUGUUAUUGUCAGAGUCCCGAUGGGAAGGAAGAUAACUAUCUACUUCAAUUCAUUACCGUCAAAGAUGGAAAAAUUACCAAUCCCUCUUCCAAUCCAGUGGCAUUGACCUUUUGUGAUGCUUUCCUUACUAUAAAUGACGAUUACAUUCCGUUUGGAAAUGGACCUUAUAUGCUCGUGAAUUACUUGGAUGAAUGUGAUGUUGCAUUUGCUACUCAUAGGAAGAGCACGGAUCAACAUAUUGUUCUAUUUGGUUGGUCAUCAGAUGAGAAGAAUGAAGCUAAAAUGAUAGAAAUCUCGGAUGAUGCGUGGCUGCCAACAAUUAGUCUUCAAGAUAACAGUGAUGAUAAUCUGAUCCUGGGGUUUGCUGUCAACAAAGCUUACCAGGAUGACAAUAUUAGAUUUGUGCUCGGCGAAGAAGAUACAGAAGUUUCACCGUGUUGUGUUCUUCUGUGCCUUACCCUUGAUGGAAAACUUUUUAUGUUUCAUUUUGCCAGCGCCACAGGCCCUUCAGUUCUAUCCGAGGAUGUAAUUUCUGUUUCUGAUGAGGAAGAGGUGUCUUCUUCCCUUGGUUCUCAGCAGCGGAUUGAUAUUUGUAACGAGGAGACGCAAAUUGGGGAUCAGGCGCUUAAUGAAUUACAGCCUCAGAAAGUAAAAAUGAAUGAAUCAAGUUUUAAAACAGGCUAUGAGGCUCAUAUGAGGAGCGGAGACGAACAGACGAAGUCUACGGCAUUUCCAAAGCUAUUAUUAGGUGGUACACAACAAGAUGUUCCUGUUGCAAGGCUAAAUGAUAGCAGAGAUGAAGCGAGGUCACUUCCUUCUCAGAAGCAAGAUAGCGAUUUUGUGGCGACACUGUUUAAAGCAUCUGAGCCUGUAAAUCCUGAAGCAGUUAAAGAUCUGAAGAGGUUUGAAGAUCAAGAAGUUGCUAGAGUUAAAUCAAGUGCUGAUUCUGUUUCAAAUUCUGCACAUGAUAAAUCAGACAGUAAACAUUUUGGAGUUUCCCUUGAAGAUAUCAGCGCGAGUAGAAAAUUGCCGGUCAAUAAAGAAUCCACUGGUUUUCAUGGUUCCUCUGGAUCUUUCUCAAGUGGAUCGGUGUUUUCUUCAAAUAUUUUUGGGGUGCAAUCUUCCUCCUCAUCUCAUGCUGGUGUUCAAGGGAGUGCACAACAAGAUCUUCCAUUUGCAAGGCUGAAUGAUGGUAGAGAUAACGGGCAGUCACUUUCUUCACAGAAGCAUUAUGGCAAUUCUGACGUGGCACUAAUUAAAGCAUCUGAGCCCGUAAAUCCUGGAGCAGCUAAAGAUCUGAAAAGGUUUGAAAAUCAAGAAGUUGCUGGAGUUAAAUCAAGUGCUGCUUCUAUUUCAAAAUCUGCAAAUGAUAAAUCUGACGACACACUUUUUGGAGCUUCUUUCGAAGAUCGCAGGGCAAGUAGAGAAUUUUCGGUCAAUAAAGCAUCAACUGGUUUGGAUGGUUCAUCUGGAUCUUUUUCAAGUGGAUCAGUUUUUUCUUCAAAUACAUUUGGGAUGCAAUCUUUCUCUUCACCUCAUGCUGGUGUCCAAGGGAGUGCAGAAUUGUCAGGGAAACCAGGAUCGACUAAUCUGCAUGUUCCAUCUGGAUCAUUUUCUAGUGGAGGCAUAUUUUCUUCGAAAACGUUUGAUGUGAAGUCUCCUCUAGCACCUCAUGCUGCUGUCCAAGGAAAUCGACAUGAUACCAGUGCAGGAGUCGCACAAUUUUCUUCUGGUCCUCAGAAAAUUUCAUUUCCCAAGAUGAUUUCUGGUCCAUCGACUUCGAGCAAUCUGCUUGGCCAGGGAGCUUCAACUGGAGCUGGGUUUACAUUGCCUGUUGUUUCUAAUGUACAACCUAUUCUUGGAAAAUCUUCUGCCUUUGAAUUUUCUGACAAGGGAAAUCAAAGAAGUCACACUCCGCCAAGGCUAUUAAGUUCUGAACCAAAUCUAUCAGAACAACGCAGUUUUAUCCAGGUUGAAGAGAUGGCGAAAGAGCUAGAUGCACUGUUGAAUUCUAUAGAAGGACCAGGUGGUUUCUAUGAUGCCUCUGUUGCUGCUCAUAAACCUUCUGUUACGGCACUGGAAGAAGGCAUUUGGGUACUUUCUGACAAAUGCCGAAAGUGGAUAAACACAAUGGAUCGAGGAAUUGGAGAGGUUCAGCUUCUUCUUGAUAAGACGGUUCAAGUUUUGGCAAGGAAAAUAUAUAUGGAAGCAAUUGUCAAGCAGGCGACUGAUAGUCAAUACUUGGAUAUUUGGAAUCGCCAGAAGCUGAAUUCUGAACUGGAUAUGAAGCGUAAACAUAUAUUAGAGAUAAAUCAGAAUCUGACAAACCAGCUAAUAGAACUUGAGAGGCAUUUAAACACCCUCGAGCUACAAAGGUUUGGUGAUAAUAGAAGUGAUGUCCUAAUGAAUCGUAGAUCUUCCCAUACAAAACAUGGUCCACCGAGGCACAUUCAAUCUCUGCACAGUUUACACAACACAAUGAAUGCACAGCUAGCAGCUGCAGAGAAACUUUCCGAAUGUCUUUCGAAGCAAAUGGCUGUGCUUAGUAUAGAGACGGAACCGGUGAAAAAUCAGAAUGUGAAAAAGGAGUUGUUUGACACAAUUGGAAUCUCUUAUGAUGAUACCACUUUCAGUUCUCCAGGUCAAGAAAAAUCCAGGGAGAUCCUGCUAAAAAGUAAAGUUCUAGUUCCUUCAUGUUCAACUGCUGCCAAUACCAAUCUGAAGAAAAGCCAACAAGGUGCUGUAAAGAGUUCUGAACCAGAAACUGCUAGAAGGCGCAGAGACUCGCUUGAUAGGAAUUGGGCUAGUAUUGAACCUCCGAAAACGACUGUAAAGAGGAUACUUUUGCAAGAGGACCGUCAGAUGAGUCCUGGCCGAUUAUCUUUACCAACUGGCCCACUAAAACUUAAUCAUCAGUUGUCUGAGGGUUCAAUGGUUUCUCAUGAUAUUCCACGUGGUGUCUUAAAUAUUUCCCAAAGCAAAGGCAGCCAGGAUGUACAGAUAAAGCGGCAUUUUGAGGGACAGUCGAAUUCUUCACUUUGGGAUAGUAGUCGUUCAGAUUCAUCAAAAACUCCUGCAGCGUCUGUGCUUUCCUUAGGUUCUGGUUCCAAGACAAUGCCUAUCAUAAGUCAAGAUGCUGCAAGAAACUUAAACUUUACCUUAAAGUCUGAUCCUGUGGUAGUCAACAACCCAAAAUUUAGUCAACAAUUGCAAAGUUUCCCAGAAGCUUCAUCUAAUUCCACAGGGUCACUGGCGAAGAAUAUAUUCCAGAAGAAAUCUAUCGAGUUUUCAGAAUCCAGUAAUAAAGAUACCGUAAAAUCAAAAUUUGCAGUUGGGAAUGGGAACCAGAGGCCUAUAGUGGCAGAAAGCUCUUCUAUUUGGUCCAGGAAGAGUCAGGAAUCUCCAUUUUCUGCUGUGUCGAGUGCUGGCUCAGGUACUGCCUUCUCUGGAAGAAGUUUCUCUCUGGAGGCAUCUACAAGAGAAAGUCAGGUUGGUGAAGCUGUGUCGUCUUCUAUUGCAUCAUUGCCUGUUCCAGUUACUUCCGCACCUACAUCCUUUGUGUUUAAAGAUGCUAUCCCGUCCACAAUUUCUGCUAUAUCACUCAGUAAAUCAUCAACCAAUUUUGGGAUCAAGUUGGGUGCUACUUCGACCCUCCCACUAUCUGGAUCUUCAGCUUCUUUUCCCUCAUUUCCAUCUACCCCCUCUUUUGGGGCUACUAGAGAACCGAUGAUUUCUUCCUCCAUUGAACCCUUGGCGAACGUAGAAUUAAACACUUCCAAGUUGGAGCUCUCCAAAUCGAAUCUAGAUACGAGUGAGAUUUCUACGCCUCAUGUAGUUUCAAUGCCAAAGUUUGACUUGAAACCAGAUGUGAAAUCUUCUGCUCAAACUUCACCUCCCCAGCCUGUGCUUUCCUCAGGUGCUCCUGAUAUGAAACUUGGAUUCUCAGUUCCAUCAGAACCUACAACUAGAAGAGAACCAUCAACCAUUUUUUUUUCUGGAAGUCAGCUCAACUUAAGCGCUACAAAUAGUCCUGUACUAGCGUCAAAUUCUAAAGCAGAACAACCAGCGGUAGCACCUGCUCUAUCCUCCUCACCAGCCAUUUCAAAUCCAGUGGAAGAAGUUGGUAAAGAGAAUGACAAUUCAGAUGUCGCACUUACCCAGGAGGAUGAGAUGGAGGAAGAGGCUCCUGAUACCACUCAAAUUAUAUUGGGAAACCUUGGUGGGUUUGGGCUUGGGUCAGCCCCAAAUCCUGGUGCACCCAAGCAGAAUCCGUUUGGUGCACCAUUUGGUAAUGCAGCAGCAAAUACACCAAUCACUUCUUUUACUUCUCCAUCAACUGGUGGUUUGUUUAGACCUGCAUCCUUUAACAUUGCAUCUUCACAACCUUCCCAACCAUCUCAGCAGACAAAUUUUGGUGGCUUCUCUAGUGGCUUUGGCAGUAACAACAAUCAAAGUAAUACUGGCCUAGGGUUUGGCAGUAAUAACAAUCAAAGUAAUACUGGACAAGGGUUUGGACAGCCUGCUCGGAUAGGAUCUGGUCAACAGGCUCUAGGGUCGGUUCUUGGUUCUUUUGGACAGUCGAGACAGUUUGGUGCUGGUCUACCUGGAAGUGUUGCUUCUCCAAGUCCAUUUGGCAGUGGUUUUGGUGGCAGUCAAACUGCUGGUGGUUUCGCUACUGCUUCCUCAAGUGGUGGGUUUGCUAAUCUGGCUUCAGGAGGUGGAGGCUUUGGUAGUUUAGCCACAAGUGGUGGUGGAUUUGCCGCUGCACCCACUGGUGGUGGAUUUGCCGCUGCACCCACUGGUGGUGGUGGAUUUGCUGCUGCAGCUACAGGUAGCGUUGGAUUUGGUGGUGCUCCAGCUGGUGGUGGAUUUGCUGGUGCUGCUCCUGGUGGGUUUGGAGCAUUUGGCAGUCAAGGAGGAAGUGGCUUCUCUGCAUUUGGUAGUACUGGAGGAACGGGAAGACCUCCAUCAGAGCUCUUCACACAGAUGAGGAGAUAGGUUAAAUGCUAAAUCAUGCUGCUACUAUUGGAAUGAACACACCUGGUCCAGUCUGAAAUGUACUUGACUAAAAAAGGUAAGUUGAAGAUUGCAAUUGUCUGCCUGAGGAUGGAGUAGGAUGUUGGUAUUACAAUGACAAUGGAUUUCUGGAUGUCAUCUAUGUAGAAUAUGUGGUAAACCAGUGGCUGGGAAACAUCCUCUUUGUUUUUUUUUUUUUUUUUUUUGUAUGAUCAAAUGUUUAAUUUGGUUUUUGUGGUCUUAAAUCCAAAAGCAUCAGCAGCAGCAGCAGCAGCAGCAGCAGCAGCAUAUGAUGUAUGUUUCUAUACGUGGAUAAAUGUGAUUUGAGUCAUCAAAUGAAAGAAGUAGAUUUCUUACGCAA